AUGUCGAAAGUUACAGCACCAUUUGAAAGAGUUACGAGAUUAAAUAUAGAGUGGAAGUAGGGUUUAGAAGAAGCUAUAGAGCUUCUAUCUUCUUCUAAUCUUCUUCUUCUUAAUAAAAAUAAGAGCAUAGAAAUACAAACUGACGCAUCAAAGAACGGAUUGGGAGCUGUUAUGUUGCAAGAACGACAUCCAAUAGCAUUUGCAUCAAGAAAUUUAACAAAGACUGUGCAAAAAUAUGCUCAAAUAGAAAUAGAAUUAUUGGCCAAAUGUUUUAGUGUAGAGAUGUUUCAUAUUUAUAUUUGUGGACAAAAAGAUAUUACAGUGGCAACAGAUCAUAAACCGUUACUAAUAACUUUAAGCUUUCUCGUUUGGGAAGUUUCAGAUCGCAAAAACCGAGGCCUCUGA